AUGAUUCAGAAGGGAGAAGAGCCAAAGCAACCAGCCUCCAUGCUCAUGCCUCUGGACCAGUGCCAGGAAGAUGGGCAGUUUGCCCUGGAGGUCCCCAAGGUCCCGGAGGUCAAGGUUACGCAGUGCGCCCGUGGCUCUCAGCCUUGGCACGUCUCCCUCUUCAAAGACCUCUCGUUCCGAUGCUCCGGAGUCUUGGUGGAUCGCAGCUGGGUAUUAACCGCAGCCCAUUGCCAGGAAAGAUGGCUCUGGGCCAAAGUUGGUGACUACCAUCUGCUACUCCCUGAUGGAGGUGAGCAGCUCAAGAUCAGCUCCAUCAUGAUCCCCUACCCCAAGUACAGGGCAGGUUCCGGCCCCUCCCUGCCUGCCCGCACAGAUGAGCAUGACCUCCUCAUGAUGAAACUUCGGCGACCAGCCAUCCUGAACUCCAGGGUCCAGGUUUUACCUCUGCCCAGGAGCUGCAUCCCACCAGGGACUCACUGCCAGGCUGCAGGCUGGGGGACUACCAGAGAACCCAAAGUGAAAUACAGUAAGAGCCUGUCCUGUGCAGGAGUCACUACCCUGUCACCCAAAGAGUGUGCGACUUUCUACCCUGGGGUGCUUUCAAACAAUAUGCUGUGUGCCGGAUUGGACAAUGGCCAGGAUGCCUGUCAGAGUGACUCUGGAGGUCCACUGAUCUGCAAUGGAACCCUUCAGGGCAUCCUGUCUUGGGGUGAUUACCCCUGUGGUUCAGCCAACCGGCCAGCUGUCUAUACUUUCAUCUGUAAAUACACUACCUGGAUUCAGAAGAUCAUUCGGAGCCACUGACCUCACUGAAUCCUCUACAAUCUUCCCAAUAAUCUUGUGACCCUCAUGUCUUCUGUUCUUCCCAUCCAGAACCUGAGGAUUUGGCCCUACACAGCUUUCUGCCUCUGCUAGACCUAACUCUUGCUUGCCUGAGGAUGCAGGCAUUCCUCAGCUCUCCAGGCUCACAGAUUCUAUCUCCUCAAAAAAACAAAAACAAAAACAAAAACAAAAACAACAGG